GGAAAUCCCCCGUUUGCUCAUUCAUACUCACGGCUAAAGAAAAGAUAUAUAAAAGCAAAGGGUUGGCCCCCCAAAACGAAACCAGUCUCGUCGACAAACCCUAAACCCCAAAUUCGAAGAAAAGAAAAUUCCGCAGGCAUGUCUUCCAGAGCCAGGGGUCGAAGGAAUCGUGGAAUCAAAGUGCUGCAGGCCGAAAAGCCUCUGUUAGUCCAGAAAAAGAAUAAGUCUGGGGGCACCAAGCCAAACCAACCAAAGAUAAUCCCUUCUCCGCUCAAAAAGGGCACCAAGUUGAAAGGACCGAAGAUUUCCACAUCUCCUCUCCACAAGGGCACCACGUCGAAAGGACCGAAGAUUUCCACUUCUCCUCUCCACAAGGGUGACAACAUUUGCCAUGUCUACAAAUAUUGGCCCAGAAUUCGUGACGGCAAGGCAGUAGAACCAGAGAUUUACACAGUGUUGGUGCCUUCUGAAUGCGACAUGGUCGAGAUGGUCAUAGCUCCAUUUCCUGAUGUUAUUCGUCCCGACUCCGAUUUUGGUUAUGAUGGUAGCGAUGUAGAACCCCUACUGUCACUCCCAGGAGUCGGAGAUUUCGGUCCUCCUUCGCCGGAUGUAAUCUAUGAUCCUUGGUGAGCGGUGUGCGGUGAUGGUAACCUAGAGUUUGCUAUGGCCGUAUUUUAUUCAAGUUAUCUGUGAGACUAAUUUAGUACUGAAGACUAUUUUAGUAACUAAAAUGUUUGUGAGAAAAUUCUUCUAAUGGACUUAUGUAAAUGUAGACAUGUAAUGUAACAUGUCAUCUGGAACAUCAGUAUCCUUGUUUUGGAGUUCGGGAUGAUUGAGUUAUUAUUAUUAUUAUUAUUUAUCUGUUAGUCC